AAUUAGAAAUAAAUCUGGGAUGGUGAAGCUGGCCUGCAUUUGUUAGCACUCUGAUGGAAUCUUUCUUUCAACUUGAAGUGUGUGGCUUCAAGCUCAAAUGACGUUUGCUGGUUACCCUUGCGUGGCGCGUGCUUCCCACAUGGAAUCAUCACAAAAAUAUGGAAGGUCCCAAAGUUUUUGAAAGCAUUUUGAGCGUAGUCUCAGCCAAUACCAAAAAACCUGGAAAUUAUUUAAGCGUACAAGAGGACGUUCUAUCAGUGUUCCGUGAUUCUGUAAAAUCUCUGUACGAUUUUACAAAAGAACAAUCUGGUCGAAAGACUAAGGCGUUACCAGAACUGAUUAUAGAUGGUUUCGAUGCUGAGCAGAUAUGGCAGCAGUUAGAACUGCAGAAUGAAGGAGAGUGGGCACAUCUUUUAUUGGGAACUUCAAAAGCAUUGGCAGGUGUAAAUAAAUUAACGUUACCGAUAAAGUUGAAUAAAAAUGAAUUUGAAGAAAAUGCUAUCGUACCCAGUGUUGAAGAACUUCGGGGUGAAGAAAGAAUGUUUGCUGACAACUUUGAACACUCUAGCUCUGAGGAUUCAGAUAAAGAUGACCUCGGUAGACCUAAAAUGAAAAAAAAGACCAAGAAAGAAGUGAGAAAAAUGACCAAGCCCUCUGUCGUAGACGACACUUUUUUCAAAUUACAGGAACUCGAUGAAUUUCUGAAUAAAGAAGAUAAGAAGGCCAUGAAAGAUGGAAAACAGCAUGAAAGUGAUAGUGAUGUCAAUGAUGAGGAAUCUGUGGAUCUAUUUGAUUAUGUUUCGGAAGACGGGAGUGCGGAAAAUGGAGCUGAUCCAAGAUUAGCCAAAUUUAAGGACUUUUUUGAUCAACCGCAAGACGACAAAAAUGCAAACUCCGUAGGAGAGAGUGAGGAAGAGUCAAAUGAAGACCAACUCGAUCACCCAGAAUCUGGAGAAAAUUCUGAUGUCAAUAAUUUAUCAGAGGAGAAUAUAAAGCGUGUGAAAUUUAAUAUCGACAAUGUAUCGGAGAUUGAUAACUCUGAGGAUGAAACAGGGGGACAAACAGAGGUGAAAUCAACAUUAGAAACUCGUCAGGAUAGACUCAGAAAACGAAUUGAUGAUUUGGAGAAAGUUGCCAUUUCAGAGAAGCCAUGGCAAUUGAGAGGUGAAGUCGAUGCAGCCAAUAGGCCACAGAAUUCGCUGCUGGAAGAGCAUGUAGAAUUUGAUAUAACUUCUAGACCAGCUCCUGUGAUAACUGAGCAAACGACCUUAAAAUUAGAAGACAUAAUAAGACAGAGAAUAAAAGAUAAAGCUUGGGACGAUGUUGAAAAGAAAUUUAAACCUGUUGAAACCCCAAUGGAAUAUAAAAAGAAACUGAUUCUCGAUCAGGAAAAAAGUAAGGUGAGUCUGGCGCAGGUUUAUGAAAAUGAAUUCUUGAAACAAAAGGAGGCAUUGAACCCUGACAAUGAUGAAAAAGAAGUAGAGGAACCAAAAGAGCACAUCGAAGUUCGAGAAAUGAUGCAUUCCUUGUUCACCAAACUUGAUGCUCUUUCCAACUUCCACUACACACCUAAAAUGGCUCGUCCUGACAUUAAAAUUGUCAGCAAUCUGCCGGCUAUUACGAUGGAAGAAGUAGCGCCAGUGGCAACAAGCGACGCGACGUUGUUAGCACCUGAGGAAAUCAGAGCAAAACCGCGAGGUGAUCUGAUCGGUAGAGAAGAGCGAACUGACACUGAUAAGAACCGCGAGCGCCGUCACAAAAAGUUGAAGCAACGAGAGCGUGAGAAGGCAAAAGAAAAACGUGAGAGAUUGGUUGACAGAUUGCGUCCUGGUUUGGGCAAUAAAUACAGCAAAGAAAAGGCUACCAAGUUAAUUGACAAUCUGAGUAAAGAACGAAAUAUAUCGAGGAUAGAUGAAACUCUCGCGAGCUCCGCCAAAUCUUCCACAGCGUUCUUCAACCAGUUACAGGACCAAGUCAAGAGUCAUAUAAAAACGAAAACUGGUAAUGAUCAGAAAAAAAGAGACAAAAAAUCAAUAUCAGCUGUUAAAUUAAAAUUGUAAAUAUAUUAUAGUUACUUAGUUUUUAAAAGUUGUAUCAUCAAUUUCAUUGUUGACCUUAAUAAAUGAAAUUU